AUGGGAUUGUGUGGUGAUCAUUAUGAUAAUGAAAGAGUAAUUUUCUUUAUAUGUUCCGUUCUGGCAGCAAAAACAACAUCCUUCCUGCUGAUGGCAGGAGUUUUGGAUGCUUUGGCAUCUUACGUCAGCAACAUGCUCACUGAGAUGGCAAUAGAAGAAGUGGCCAUGCUGAUUGGGGUCUCUAGCGGGAUUGAUGACCUAAGCGUCAAGCUCAGGGACCUAAAAAAUGUUCUUGCGGAUGCCGAUAAGUUGAAUAUCACAGACGAGAGUGUGCGGGAGUGGGUGGAGGAACUGAAGCGCGCCAUGUAUCACGCCACUGACAUCCUCGACCUGUGCCAGCUCAGAGUCAUGGAGCAAGGUCCAUCCAAGGACAUGGGGUGCCUUAAUCCACUCCUCUUCUGCAUGCGAAACCCCCUCCAUGCCCAUGAGAUCGGGAGCCGCAUCAAGGCGCUCAACCAAAAGCUAGAUGAAAUCUCCAAGAGGGGCGGUAGUUUCAAUUUUAUCAAGCUGGAAGCCUACCAAAACCAAAAGACAACCAACCCUCCUGCUGUCAACCACAAGACAAAUCCAUUGCUGGAGUGAUCGAGUGUGGUCGGGGAGAAGAU